GAUUAGUUGGUGGUACCCGGUCCAGCAUUCGGUACUCUCACACACGCUACAAGGUACCAAGUGAUCGACUACUCGGGUAGGUACCCGUCCGCUGUCUUUUCAAGGAUUUCCAAUUUGCAGUUAGUUACGCAGACGGUUGUUGCGGCGUAUAGCUAUCAUCGUCGCCAACGGUCUCACUCUGCGACAAAGGAGCGGCAGUGCAGCGAGUGGUACCAAGCCAAGUCGCCAGUCGACAGGAGGACGGUGGGCCGUUGCCAGUAGUAGUGCAUUGUGCAGUAAGUUGUUGCGAUUACCAGCUGAUGGGCUUAGGCCACUGACACUCCGUUGGGAGCCAGCAUUACCAGCUUUUGUCGCUGCUUUGUGCGGUGGAAAUUGGUGGAUUGGUGGACUGGCCCGGAUACCAUAGCAACAGGCUCGGGGGCUAGGGCCGGGAUGCAAAACGUGCGCGCGCUCGCCCAGAGGCAGUAGUACCCAUUAAUGCGAAGUGCAUGUGCGGGCCGCGAUCUUGUUUCGCGGCGCAUACUUGAACCUUCUGGUGAUGCCCCUGGGGUCACCCCGGCAAAUGCAACCGCUGCCAAUAGGACUGACAUGAUGGUCUACCCCGAUCCCCAGUGGACCUGCUCCGCCACGGCGCCCAUGCUUCAGCUGUACGACGACGUCGGCUACAGAGUAAAUGUUGUGGAGGCUUUGCAGGAAUUUUGGCAAAUGAAGCACGCAAGAGGUGCCGACUUGCGCAAUGGCGCCCUUGUAAUAUAUGAGUCGGUGCCAUCCAACGCUCAACCUUAUGUAUGUUACGUUACUCUUCCCGGAGGCUCUUGCUUUGGAAGUUUCCAGAACUGCCCGACUAAAGCUGAAGCUAGACGAAGCGCUGCAAAAAUUGCUUUAAUGAAUUCUGUGUUCAACGAACAUCCAUCACGCAGGAUAUCAGAUGAUUUUAUAGAAAAAGCUGUAGCAGAAGCUCGAUCUUCAUUUAAAGGGGACAGUGAAGAGGCUGACAAUCCCAACACAGGUAUAGGUGCAUUUCGCUUUAUGCUGGAAUCAAACAAAGGGAGAACUAUGCUGGAGUUUCAAGAAUUGAUGACCGUAUUCCAGCUACUUCACUGGAAUGGCAGCCUUAAAGCUAUGCGUGAACGCCAGUGCAGCAGGCAAGAAGUUGUAGCUCACUACUCAAAUAGGGCUUUGGAUGAUGAUAUGAGAUCUCAAAUGGCCUUAGACUGGAUCGCGAGGGAGCAGGAAUGCGCGGGUUCCUUGAGAAAGGAACUGAACCAAGCAGAAAGAGAGCUCGAAUCUGCUAGGCUAGCCGGACGAGAACUACGUUUUCCCAAAGAAAAGAAAGACAUUCUUAUCUUGGCUCACAGUCAAGUUAACGUCAGUUAACAAGAUAAGAUGUCCAAAGCUAAGAGAGAGGUAAAAUAAUUGGAAAUAAAAAGAGACAUGGAACUGUACUUUCCAGAAACAUUUUUCCUCGAAUUUACUGUGAUAAUUUAUUGAACAAGUAGAGAACUUUCUUUCUUCGCAUAUUUUUCAUUGUUUAACAAAACAAAUAACUACCAAUUUAUAAAAAUGUGGUAUAUAUCCCCCACAUAAAUAUAAAAACUGAGAAAAUUUAAAUUGCUAAAAAUUAAGUAAACGAAAUCAAACAAAGAAUAAGUCACAGUAUGUAACUUUAUAGUACUAAAAAGGGACAUAUAUUUUUAGAUCAAAUGGAUAUAAUUCAUCCACAUGUUAUAUUUUAAUUAACGUGUUGUAUAUUAUGAACUAAAUAUAAACGGAAUAAUUUAUAAACAUUCUAACAUAUAAAGCUGUACUGGUGUGUUUUGCACACAAUUUUUCUAUGCAAUCGUAAGUUCCGAAAAUAGAACUAAGAAAGAACUAGUAAUGCCUUGUUUUGCCUCUAUUUUAGUAGAACUGUACACUUGCCAUUUAAGAAUGUCAAUAAUGGGCCAGUUUUAACCCAACGACAAUGAGAAUCAGUGGGUGAAGUUGUGGACAAAUGAUUUUGUGCAUUAUAAAUCGGUGAAAACGAUUUUUUUACUUUCUAGUUCUCAAGGUGCUGGAAAACAUUAAUUAAUAAUGCCAUAAAACUCUUUGUAAAUAAUCCAAUUUGAUGUCAGAUUUUAUUUAUUUAAUCAAGGGAACUGCAUGGUUGCAUUUAUAAUUAUUCAGUAGUGUUUUUACCAGGUGCGACAAAAAAUGAAUGAAGUUCUGGGUAAAAAAAUAAAUUUGAAAAUAACCUUUGAUUAUAUUAAUGUAUAUGUAGUAUAUUUUGUAAAAAAAUAUAUAAAUAGAGUAAAAUCAUUUAUAAUUUUUAUUGCAUUCCCACUUUUCAAGCAAAACGUUUUAAAACAUAGAUUGCCAAUUCCUGUGAAAAAUUGUGAUAUUCAUGGUAGAUCUUGAAACAGCCACCAUUUUUUGUCCAAUCUGGUAUAAAAUUUGCUUGCAUACAGUGGUGGCAGGGUUUCAAUUGCAUUGAUUUUCAAGUGAGAGUAGAUAGUAAAAAUAUUCUCGUUUUCACGAUUCUGAGCUGAUUGUGUGUCUCAGAAAGGAAGAACUUACUAAGAGAAGGCUCUAUAUCGUUUCGUUAUAUAUAUAUUGUGAGACUGUUUUGUUAUUACGUAAAUUAUUUUAAUGUUCGUGUUGAUAUUGUAUAAUAGGAACUGUCAGUUUGUUUAGAGAUCUCUUAUUGCUUUAUUAUCGUUAAUGUUUUAUUUUACCAAAAACCUGCCUCCAUUCAUGCGGAAUGCAAGAUAGUUUACAAAUUUUUAGUGAACUAUCUCUCUCUUGUAAUACUUUGAAAUGUGAUCGGUAUAAUAUUUAUUUUAGUUUGUUAUAGUGAUCUGUGUUUUAACUUUAAAAGUUCUGGAGUUCUUCCUAAAUAUUUUAUAUGAUCAAGGUGGAAGUUGGUUUUUGUUGCACUUUAUUAGCUAUUGCUGAAUUUACUAGCUACUGUGUUGACUGAUUAAUAUCGCUAUUGCUGACAUACACUGCUAAUACAUAUUUUAUAUAAAUACAUUUUUUAUUAAU